UCUCCCUUUUUUUUCCUAGGGAGGCUGAGAUGAGAAACAGCAUGCUCUCACAAAUCCUAGGACAAGAUGCCAGAGCAAGAUGUAAGUUUUAAAAAUAACUGAAAGCUGCAGGUGUAUUGUCAAACACAGAACAAUCAGCAAUGACCUACAUGACAUACUUGGGUGCAAACAAUACUUGAUGCAAUGACGUGACUUUAAUUACAAGACUGUCUCACUUACAAAGCAUGCUAUCCUUCAUGUAAAUUUAUGUUUUUUGUGCAUUAUUUUACAUGAACAUUUUGCAAUACUUUUAUACAUACAUAGAAAAGCAUUGUAGCAAGACCCUGAUCAUUUUGUUCUAAAAUAACCCAAAUGUAAUCACUCUGUCAUGCAAACAGCUGUCAGUAUUAAAGUUUACUCCAGAAUUAUAAAUUUUACCUGGUAUGAAGUUUGUGUUGUAAAAGCAGGUAGAACUUACCCUCUUUGGGUGAAAAUGGUUUAGAUGUAUUUUAUUUUCUGCUAAAAUUAUGUCUCCACAAUACAUUGUUUUCAUGUUAACAAAAAAAUUGAUGACAUGACCAACCAAUGUCGAUAUGUGCACUAGUAUUAUACUAACUGCAUCACUGAGCUGUUUAUUUUGACUUAUGUAGUAAACAGCAUAGCACUAGUGAAACCUGAAAAGGCUAAGAUGAUGGAGGGGAUGUUAAUACAAAUGGCCAGGACAGGACAGAUAGCUGGAAAGGUACAUUGUAACUGAACAUCUCGCCCAUUCUGGAAUCCAAACUCAAGUCUCAUUUUAUGUUGCCCACUAAUAGAUUAAUUCCUUCUUUGUUCCCGUAAGAAGUAGUUGUUAUGUGGGCAUGUUAUAAUAAGUCCUUGAUAUUGAGCAAAUGUUGUUCAGUCAAUAAUAUGGAUAUUGCCUUGUUUUUGUGCUUAGACUGAAAAAAGAACUUGAUCAAUAUCCAGCCAUCAUGACCUUGCACUUUGUCAGAGCUGUAUAUUUUUCUAGUGGAGCAUUUUCCGUGCCCUUCAACAUCAUAGUUACGUGGUAUAUGUACAGCUACCCACGUGCUUAGCAGCCAUUUUUUUCUCUUAACUUUAUGGAUCCGAUAGCUCACAUUUGAUAUAUUAAAAUUCUAACACUACUCCAAGGCUUUCUGGUCAUUUUUCUAUAUUUGGUUUGGUUUUCUUUGUGCUCAAGUCUCUUCUGGGAAUUGCAACCCAAUGGAUUUGUUGAAAAUUUGUCCCAUAGGUCUCCCAGCUAUGUUAGAACUUAAAAAUCAUUGAGCUUGGGCUAAUAAUUGGCCUUUGCUAUGAAUAAACAACUUGAAUCUGUAUCAUAAUCUAAUUCAAAUCAAAUAAUCCUAUUUUUUUUGCAUUUCAGUUGUCUGAGUCACAGUUGGUGAGUCUUCUCCAAGAAGUUAGUGAAAAAACUCAGAAGAAAACUACAGUGAAGGUAUGUGAAUUUGUAAUCUCAAUAAUUAUUAAUUUUAUUAAUUUUUAAUUUUUUUUUCAGCUUAUGUUGUCUAGGGUAACCCUAGCGCUAGGGUAACCCUAUUUGCCUUGUAAACACGUCAUGCAAAAAAAGAAGAAAUGUGCAAGUGCAAGAGUAACUCUCUUUCUAGGGUAACCAUAGCACUAGGGUUACCCUCCCUCCUCGUAAACAGGGCCUUAGAGUGUCAACUAACAAGGGUAAAGAAAGGAAAGGACUAACUCCAGGUGUCCCUCUGCUAGAGUUAAAAUAAAAUUGUUCCGUUACGUGUGAGUUGACUGUUUUCCAUCUUUCUUCUUCAGUAACAAACGUCAUCACUACAAGUAUUUUUUUAUUCUUAUCUUUUUAUUUACAUUGUACAGUGUAUUAAGUUUUGUUUAUCCAAGAUAUUUAAGAAAUUGGUUGCAACUCAGGCUGUCUGAAAGAAUGUAAAAACGUUUAGAAAAUUAUGCAAAAUGCCAGGAGGACACAAUAUGCAGCAAAUUAUGGGAUUUGUGUAGAGUAUAUCUGGCAUAAAAUGCUUACUGCAUUAGAUUCACAACAACUUUUUCAAAGGUUUUGCUUGAUGUCCCCAAAGUUAAAUUGAGCCUUACAUUUUUUCUAGUUUGCAAUUUUUAUAUCUGUUAUAUAUGUAUAUUUUUAAAAUUGGCCAAGCUAUACAAUAAUAAUAAUAAUAAAUUGAAAAUAACAAAUAAAUAAGGAUAUUUAUAACAAUUAGUAACAAGGAAACCUAAUUGAUACCACGGGGCUUAGAUAGCGUUAGGUUUCCUCACAAAAGAGGUGAAGAACGUAAGAAUCAGAAAAAAAGAAGGAAACCAAGAUCAAGUCAAUCUACAGAGAAACCCUACUUUAACGAACCCCGUCAUAACAAGGACCCCGUUAUAACGAAAAAACAUCUGAAAGCCCGGCAGAAUUACAGUGAAAUAUGUGGAAACCAACCCCGCUAUAACGAAAUCCCCGCUAUAAUGAAUAGAUUUUGACUGUCCCAACGCACAAUUCCCCCCCCCUGUAACGACUAUUUUGUCCGGUCGCUCGCAGCAGUCAGUAAAAAAGACAGAUUUAAUCUGAGAUUUGAGUAAAAAAACACAGCUUCACAGCUUGCUUUAAUUGAAAUUGUUUUUGAAUUCGAUGUCUUGAUUGUCAGCGCUUUUAGGCACUUACAGUUUACAGUAUCAAAUGAAUAAAAGUAAUGUUUUCUACAUGCAGUAUUGAAGUUUUGGUAAUUGUUAUUUAUUAAAUUACCCCGCUAUAACGAAUAUUUUUGCUGUAAACCAAAUUAUUAGUUAUAACGAGGUUUUCGCUAUAACGAACAAUUUUUUCGGCACCUUGGCACUUCAUGAUAACGGGGUUCCACUGUAAAGUCGAGUUUAAGCUCUGAACGUUAGUAUUUUAAGACAAAGAACUUUUUAGUCCAUCUAAAAGAGAUUAUGAUAGUUUCGUAUGGGUAUGAUGAUUAUUUUCAUAGGCCUUAUGACUAUGUAUAUUUAUUUUUUGUGUUUAUUUUACAUGAUAAGUUCAACAGAAAACGCAUAGAUGAUUCUGAUGAUGACGAUGACUAGAAAUCGAUGUGACCAAUAAUGUUGUUUAUUGAAUAGUAAGUAUUGCUGUAGUUGAUUAUGCCUCUAUUAGAUUUGUUCACUCAUAUAUGUAGUUGUAAACUGUCUGUGAAGUCCUGGUGUUCACUGUACUAACAGAUAAUGGUGUCAUUCCUCAAUUCUGUGAAAAUACCUCUAAGAAUAAAUUGGAAUCUCCUUAUUUUAAUUGAAAAAAUUAUCUUUAAAACAACAAUACAUUUACAUAACAAUGAAAAGGAAGAAAACAAUUACAAUAUUUACAAGAUCUUCACCCCUAUCUCAAUUUGUUACAGAUCAGCCCUCCCGCCACCUCCCGGAUAGGUGCACGCCAUGAGUGGCAUGCAAAUGUAUGCCCUGACCCUAAAAUGACAUUGAAAAUGAACACCAUUAUAAAGGCCUGAUAUCAAAUAUUGGAAUCAAAAUCUAAAGAAUAAGAACGCGAGACCUAGCCAAUAAACCAGUCUAUGUUGUUUUGUUAACCGUAAAUUUCCGGAAAUAAGCCCCUCCAAAUAUAAGCCCGCGAAACCGGUAACGCAAAAAACCCUCCGUUAAAUCGCUCCUCCAAAUAUACCCCCCCCCCCCCCUGUGGUAGCAUUGUUCUAUGUGAACUUGCAUUUGUGAAUGGGGCAGUGAAUAUUAUACUCGCUCUUAAGAGGUACUCGUUGAGCUUGCCUUUGAAAAACAGUAGCCGACGCCACCACUGGUUUCCCGCGAAAUGACGUCUGAGGAAAGAAGGCUUCUAAUUGGUUUAAAAUUUGCUUCAACCAAUCAGAAGCGGGAUUGUUAUGGAAUUACUGCGCUCGUUUCUCAGACGUCAUUUCGCGGGGAAACCAGGGGUGGCGUCGCUAAAUGUCGCCUGUUUUCUCAGGCUAUGAAACAACUCCACCUUUCUAAUAAUGGAAACACUCAGCGAUAAAACAGAACUGAAGUCUAUCAGCAGUGAUCAUUGUCACGAUGAUCAACUUACAUAUUGCUAUCGUCAUAUAAGAGUUGUUUCCAUAUAUUGAUGCGAUCACUGAACUUUUUUUCCUGAUCGAAGCGAUCACACAUAAAGCCUUAAGACUGACUGCAAACAGUAGGUCUUGUUUUUCUUAAAAUCGGUUUUGCAAGGCGUGAUAUUUUCGCGCGAAGCGCGUUGGGCCUCACACGCCCGUAGGGCCUAUGUCUCUCCCCAGUCUCACUCUCCGUUUUCCCCAGUUUCCUUUGACCACUCGCGCAUGCGUUCUUAACCUAGGCAAAAAUACGGGCUUUUUUGCAGUUUAGCCUUGAGGCUGCUGACUGAAAGAGGCUGCUUCGUGUCUAACUAUAUCUCAAUAUAUAUUUUUUCCUCAGCCUUUUUCUUGCUCCUGAAAGUUUGCCCAGAUGAGUGUAAAUGCUUUUUGCCAAUUUGAUACAACACAGUGGUUAUUUACCAGAGUCAGAGCUACGAAAAGAAGAUAAGAUCAAGAAUGUGAUUUGAGUGCAUCAUACCUUCUAACAAACAGUUGUUAAUUAUAGAUCAAGGUGACUGCAUAGUAGUUUCUUUUCCAAAAGGGUACACCAACAUGCCUCUUUAUUAAGCAACCAUUAGAAAAUGACUGAGAAUGAUUUUAAUAGCUGUAAAGUAUUAAUUUUUAUUUGUUUUCCCUUAACAAACUCAGUGCGUAUUUAGCAUUUGAUGUAGCGUAUCAAAUACAAGAGGGAGUGUUUCAUCAUUCUCUACUAUGUCCAGAAAUAUAAAUUAUGUGAGUUAAAUUAAUGAUACACAGUGUUCUUAACCGCCGUUAAAAGCAAGUUACUGCCUGUUUAUCGCGGUCUAUUGACGUCUUCUGAGAGCCUUUAACUGACAAGGUUAGAAUAGGAAGGAAACAAUAACGGUUGUAAGUCUUACAACUCCAUUCUUCAUAAACAAUAAAAACAAUGAAAAUUACUAGGAGCACUACUCUACUUAUUUAUAAAAACAACAACACACUUUACUAAGAAACAGAUAGUUACGUUUUUAAUAGUACCU